ACGGCGGGGCCAUGAUGGCUCCCAGCGUGGCCUCCAUGGCGGCCUCCGUCUCCCGGGCCGGGCCCCAGGUCGCCGCCCAGCAGGCCGGCCCCCAGGCCCCGGCCGCGCCCAGCUUCGUGCUGACGGCGGACCAGGACGAGCCGCCCCUCGACACGGACUCCGCCCUGGGCGGCUCCACGUCCACGGACAAGGGCAACAACAGCCGCUGCUCCAGUAUGUCCGACGGCGAGAGUUACGAGUGCUACGGGGAGGGCGAGGUGGACCCCGACUCGCCCGUCCAGAGGCGCCUUCACGGUGACGCGACCCGGAGCCCGCCGAACGGAGGCCUCAGGAGGAGCACCUGGCUGAGGACGAGCCUGCGGAGGCCGCCGACCAGCAACCCGGACAGCCUACCCAACCGGAGAUGGGGCUCCUUCAGGCAUGCGGGCAAGCGGGCGGCUCUGGGCUCCAACGCGCUGGCGAGCCAGCUGUACCGGAGUUCGAGCUUCAACUCCUCGGGGCGCAGCUCGACGUGCGACACGGCGGACGACCUGUACUCGGACGCCAGCCUGGAGGAGGACGUGCUGGACCUGAAUCACAAGGUCCAGAUGCUGCAGCAGCAGGUGGGCGUCCUGGCCGACAACCAGACCAGCACGGACGAGCGGUACACGCGCGCCAAGCAGGACAACGCGGCGCUGCAGGCCCGGGUGCUGAUGCUCGAGGAGCAGCUCAGGGAGACCGAGCUGCGCGCCGACGAGCGUCUGCAGGACGAGCAGAAGCGUCACCGGGAGAUCAUGGUGCGCGUCGAGCGCGAGAAGCAGCUGGAGCUGGAGAACUUCGCCAUCCGGCUGCAGACGGCCGAGCUGGAGGCGCAGACCUUGCGGGACGAGACCAGCCGCCUCCGGCUGCAGUCGGACCACAUCCGGUCGGAGAAGCUGCGCGUCCAGGAGGCCCUCGUGGACUCGGAGGCUGCGCUGGCCGCGCUCCGGGACGAGGUGGACCAGCAGAAGGACGGCCUCCGGCAGCGCGAGGCUGAGCACCAGCAGCGGGAGCACCUGGUCGAGGAGCUGAGCCUGGAGAUCGAGCGGCUGCGCGAGGCGGCGCUGCGGCAGUCUGCGCGGGCGCGCGAGCACGAGCCGGACCAGGCUGCGCAGGCGCUGGCGCUGAGCGCGCAGCUGGAGCGGGUGCGGGACGAGGCGCGCUCGCUGCGGGAGGCCAACGAGGAGCUGCAGGCGCUCGUGCUCACCCGGGGCGUGGAGGAGGGCCGCAGCCUGCUGGGCUCAGCCAGCCUGGCCGCCGAGCUCGAGGCCAUGUCGCAGGACGAGAAUAUGGAUAAGUCACUCGAUCAGAGCUCAGUAGCAAAGAUACGACAAGCCUUAAAGGAGCAGCAGGAAAUGAAUGCACAACUUCGACAGUACAUUGAUGGCAUUUUAAUCAAUAUAAUUGAAAACUAUCCUGAACUUUUAGAAGUUAGAAAGCCUUAAACAAUGGUUAACUAACGAUUUUACUAGAAAUUUUUUUUAAGUGUUCCUUUAAAAGAAGGAAUUUGUGUGUUAAUUACAAUGUGUUACUGAUGUGUCAGAUGAAGCAUUUUGUUUUCAUGAAACUUUAGCCCGCUUAGCCAUGUGAAUGCUGUAUGAUAAAUCUUGAUGUGAGGAGGUGAUAAUUAGCCUGCCAUUAAUUUUGUUAUUGUGUAUUGUUACAUUUUUAUUACUAUUCUAUCGCUUCUACUGUUACUGCAUAAUGUGUGAAGACGAGGUUAUUUUAUGGUUAACAAGUCAGAAAAGAUGUUAUUAAGUGCCCGAGAUGUCAUGGUAUUUAGAACUCUUACAGCCUUACUGCCCCUAUUUAAAACCCUCGUAAUAAGAUUGACAAUGCCAUGUAGAGCAAUCUUUUAUUACCAAGAGCAAUAUUGUACUUUUUUUAAUAGUGUUUAUUUUCAGUGUUUAGUGGUAUACAGAUGCCAACUAAGUCAUGGUCUUUCUAAUUUCUUUCUAAAGGAAUUCUCAAAAUUGUAAUUAUUCUUUUACAUAAGUGUAAAAGUAACUAGUCAGGAUGCAAGUAUAUGAAAAGUACUGUAUGUCAUGGCCCAACUGGGUGCUGAAUGUUUAGCUCAUGGAUGUCUUUAAGUUAACUGAUUAAUGGAAUUACUUAGCGCUGCAUGUUUCAGUAACUGAUAAAAUUAGCAAAAACAGCAGCGUUAGUUGUUAAUGAAAUUUGCCUCUAACGGUUGGCAUGAGAUUUGUUAGUAUCUAAUAGCUGAUGCAAAUGCUGACGUCUGUGAUCAAUCCAUGACGUUUUAUUUGCCAUGAAUUAGUGACCAUUGACAGAAAUUAAUUGUGGAUUUUAAUCAUUGUUAUCUGCUGUGAAAUGUGUUAUGUGAUACAUAAAAAGUGUCCCCAUAUAUUGAAUGCAGAUGAGAUUUAAUUUAUUCAAACAAAUCUAAAUUUUAAAAUCGUUUUUUUAUACUUUAAAUUGUUUUUUUGUUCUUAUGUUGAAGGAAAAUAUAAUUUUAAGAAGCAGGUCUAGCAAUACUUUACAAAAAUUUUACUAGAUUUUUAGUGCAUUUUUGUGAUAUUUUGUUAAAUUAAUUACACAGAUUCUGAACCAAGAAUGAGUCCUAAAUGGACUAAAAUUCAUAUCUAUAUCUUAGACUAGGUCUUUUCUCUGUUCGUAUUGGCACAUCCUUUCAAAGUUGUUGUGCAUUACAUUUCAGAACAGGUUAACAAUAGGUAAUUUAUUAUCAAAUGUUUAUUUUUCCCUGUAAGUUUCUGAAGUUUUGGCAAUAGAUCUCAUUUCCCAUUUGGUAUCCAUGAAGAUGGUUUACUUCCAAGAUGUUUGACCUUCUAGGUUUAACCCUACCCAGUACAAAACAAAACAGUCAAUUAAUUGUUUUUUGCCCACUUUUUCAUUUAAUUAAUUCAUAUUAAUUGAUCAGUUAUAGACAAGCAUGGGGGUUGAUUCUGUUCCAAUCAAAUUUUAUGCAGCUAUACCAGAAACAAGUAUUGAAUUAUAAGGUUCAACACUCACAGUUUUAAGUCAAAGUAACUAAUCAAUUUAAUUCUCCUUUGAAACUGCUGAGUUGACAAUAUAGUGUAAGUUUUAGAGAUGUGUGUGGUAAAAGAAAAGCUGACUUAUUGCUGAUACUUUAAGAUUUUACCCUGUUCACCAAGUUGUUUCAAGCCUUGUAAAGUGAUAAUGGUACACGAGGUACCUAAACAUAUAAGACUUGCUGAUGUUGUUGACAUUCUAUGUAAAUACUGUUAGAAAGAAAUGAAAAGUGGCUUUUCAUAUCCGUUUAUUUUUUUAGAAAUAUUGUAAAUACUACUCUAAGAAACUGUUCUUAAAAUGUUAGUAUGAAUGUUUGACUGCUCAAUUACAUUCUUUGCAUCUACAAA